CAGUGACCCUGUAACAACAUAUUGGUUGCAAACUACGAGAAACUCAAUUAUCUUGUGAAGUGCAGGAAAAGUCAAUGAAAUCUUGCUCAGCAGCCAUGGCUGGUGUGUUUCUCCUUGUGUAUAUCUCCAUGAAUUUAUUCCUUAAAUGUCAAGGUCAAAAGAUUAAUCAAGCUAAGAUUUUCAGUGAAACUACAGAAGUACCAGAAGGUGGUAGACUGGAAGUUACCUGCAGCACAUUUGGUUUUACAGGAAAGGCAGUUUAUUUGUAUCUGUGUAAAAAUGGUAAAGCUAUUGAUAUGUUACAUGGACCCACUCGACAAGACACUUCCUUUAAAAUAGAGAGAAUAGAAAUGAACCAUUCAGGCAACUACAGCUGUGUGUUUUCAGAAGAGCUGUUGAAAAUAAACAAAGUGAUGGGAUAUGGUUAUAAUUACAUCUUCAUAAAUGUGACUGAAUCUUUUAUUAAUACACAGAUAUAUUUGCUUAAGUCUGAGGUGUCAGUGGGAAGUGAUGCUGAAUUCAACUGUACAACAUCCAAUCCUUUAAACAACAAACAGUCCAGGAACAUGAUCUUGGUUUAUCUAAUCAAAAAUGGAAAGCCUAUUAAAGUAAAUAUUUGGGACACAGAGAAGAGGAUGACAACAUUCACCCUCAGAGAAGUCCAGAUGGAAGAUGCUGGGACAUACACUUGUGUUCUAUUGUUAAACAUACUCCCUUACCAUGGAAUGAAACUUCGUCAAAAUCUUAAAGUUGAUCUUCAGAUAAUUGCGAUAUCUAACAACGUCAUUGACAAAGUCAAAAUUGUCAUAAUGUGUUCCACAGCGCUGCUACUUAGUCUGUUUCUGGGAAUCUGGGCACUGAUCCGAAAACGAGGAUGCCUUGGAAUCCAGAAUGAAAGGACCAGGAGAUCGGGAAGGAGCCGAUGACCAGAGGCACGGAGACGAUGGAGAACUAGGAUGAGGAGAACAUGUUAGGGAAACAACAGGAGGGCUGCCCCAGAGUUGGAUCAUUUCUCUUUUAAUGAUUACGAGUAUGAUGAAGUGUAAUGUGCAGUACAGCAUCUGCAUGGACUACAGCAUGAUUAUAUUAUUGUUGUUAUCUUUGCUAUUGCUGUUUUACAACUGUUGCUUUUUGUAGUUUAUUUUAGCUUGUUUUUAAGUUUCUGUUUUUAACUGAUUAUUAGUUUACUGUCAUUAUUUUAGAUUUUUUAUGACACUGACCAACACAGCAAACUGUGUUGACCAUAACUUUAUCUAUUGUGCACAUAAAAAAAAAAAAAAAAAAAAAAAAAAAAAAAAAUUACAUUACUGUAAAUGAUCUUUCAAGGCUGGAAAUUAACUCUCAUAAUUUAUAAUAAAAUACAAUAUACAUAUUGUUAAUGUAGUAUAAAAUUGUUGUAAAAACAGACUGUUGUUGGUUUUAUUUUAUUUAUUUUGUUUUGUAAUCUGCAGUGUGUUAGUGUAUUCACAAAAUGACCACACUCUGAAUCAUGUGAGUAAUCAGUCCAAUGGAACAUGUGCAAAA